GCUGCUUAAUCGAGCACCGAGCAGUCGCUCAUCUGUUAUUCCUUGGCCCAGGCGAGAGGAGCAAACUUCGACAUUUCAGUGGUGUUAAAAUUAGCGACUUAUUUAUUCUCGCGGUGCUUAUUCGAAUAUGAACGUUAGCCACGGCUUAUUUCUGCUAUUGUUUCAAUGACAGUUAUAUUUAGUUUAGAAUCUUGUUAUACAGGCGUAGCUUAAUGUGAAGCUAACGGCUAACUGUCCGUAGUGUUAUCAAUGCGUUACAGUAGUUUGAAGCUGUGUGAUAGUCACAUCCGCGUGCGAAAGAAGUAGCCAUGUACUGCAGCUAAUAUGACCGCCUUCUCCGUGUGGGUAUAAAUGGGGUCAGCGAGUAAGUUUAGGCGUAGUUGUGAACGUUGACACUCCACGGUUUAGAUUGCCACCUUUUUGUGUGCUACCUGUGCGUGCGCUGCUAGCCACGUAAACUGCUCCCGCUCGGUGUUGACGUAGCAGGACGUAGCAUCUGUCCCUUGCCUGCCCCGCCAGGCUACACUUUCUGUGAAUUUGUGGUGCCAUCGCCAGCCUGUCCGCCCAGUAAAACCGAGACACACCGAGGACAUGAACCGCUGUAAAACAAAAUGCUAUAGCUGGACCUGAACGUGCGGUUCGCUUGUUUCCUGGUCCUGCUGCAUUGAGCGGAUGAUGAAGCGGAUCAUCUGGAUGAUAUCAAGCUUAAACAGAAGAAUCAUGAAGCUGCUUUUUGCCCUCGCUUUGAUCGCCUAUAUUGCCUCUGUUUGGGGAACAUAUACCAACAUGAGAUAACUGGAGGAGCUGGUUUUGUGGGUUCCCAUCUGACUGACAAAUUGAUGAUGGAUGGCCAUGAGGUGACUGUGGUGGACAACUUUUUCACAGGAAGAAAGAGGAACGUGGAGCACUGGAUUGGUCAUGAAAACUUUGAACUCAUCAAUCACGAUGUGGUAGAGCCUCUCUACAUUGAAGUGGACCAGAUCUAUCACCUGGCAUCUCCAGCCUCUCCUCCUAACUACAUGUACAAUCCCAUCAAAACACUGAAGACCAACACCAUUGGCACACUUAACAUGCUUGGCCUGGCCAAGCGUGUGGGCGCAAGACUCCUGCUGGCUUCUACCUCUGAGGUUUAUGGAGAUCCAGAGGUACACCCCCAAAAUGAGGAUUACUGGGGUCACGUGAACCCGAUCGGUCCUCGAGCGUGCUACGAUGAAGGGAAGCGUGUAGCGGAAACUAUGUGUUAUGCCUACAUGAAGCAGGAGGGUGUAGAGGUGAGAGUGGCACGAAUCUUCAACACGUUCGGCUCCCGUAUGCACAUGAACGACGGACGGGUUGUCAGUAAUUUCAUCCUUCAGGCUCUUCAAGGAGAACCUCUCACUGUUUACGGUACCGGCUCCCAGACAAGAGCCUUUCAGUAUGUAAGUGAUCUGGUGAAUGGCCUUGUCUUGCUGAUGAACAGCAACAUCAGCAGUCCAGUCAAUCUGGGAAACCCAGAAGAGCACACUAUAUUGGAGUUUGCUCGCCUCAUUAAAAGUCUUGUUGUGAGCCGAAGCCAGAUCCAGUUUCUUCCUGAGGCCCAGGACGACCCACAGAGGAGAAGACCCGACAUCCGCAAAGCCAAGAUGAUGCUUGGCUGGGAACCGGUGGUGCCCCUGGAGGAAGGCUUAAACAAAACAAUUCAGUACUUCAGCAGAGAGCUGGAGCACCAGGCUAACAACCAGUACAUCCCCAAACCUAAAGCUGCCCGCAUGAAGAAAGGAAGACCCAGACACAACUGAGCCUUACUGUUCCACCUCAACACAAAGAUGUUAAGACUCCUUAAAGUGCAGCUCUGUGAAAUACACUGCUGAUUGCUGCACUCUGGGAAAUGGAGUCUUUUUUUUUUUU